UUGAUCCCGUUUCUCACAAUUAAUCAUGCACUAAUCAGAUGCUUAGCGGAGACUAGACGGGGUAGAUUAGAAAGCUGACGGUGAUGGCCAUUGCCUUUGUCUGCUCAGCUCCGCCUUGCUCUCGCACUUCCUCGCAAGCCUUGCUGUCCGCUGUUUGCAUAAUGCAUUGAAGCUUUGUAACUCGUAACUCGGAACUGGCCUUGGACUAACCUCUCGCAUCGCAACCCUACGCGCACGGCACUCCUUGUCGAUGCCGCUAAUCGGUAAUCGGGAGGCGCGAUCGGAGACGAUUACUCGCGGGAGGGGAGUUUGUGUGAAGUGGUAGAGAUUGUUGGGAGCUUGGAGCUGCGGUGAGGAGGAGCAGGAACAGGGGAGACGAGGGAUUUGCGAGGAGGGGGGGACAAGGAGGGAGGGAGGAGAUGAGAGAUGAGACCUUGGAGAGGAUUUGAUGCGGUGGAUGGAGAGGGUGAAGCUGGUGAUGGCGAUUUGAGGGUUGCGCGAGGGUGGAGGUGAUUGGGGUUGAGCGGUGUAAGAGUGUUUAUCCGGAGCCGGGAAGCAGAGUAAGAGGGAGUGUAGGGAUUAGGAGGGGGAGCUAUGGCGUGGCUGGGUAAUUUCACGGUGAGCGACUUUGCAGGCGCGGUUACGAAGCUGAGCGAGAGUGUGAAGAACAUUGAGAAGAAUUUCGAUUCGGCUCUGGGGUUUGAGAGUGUGGAGGGCAGUGGUCGCGAUGCUCAACCGGCGGGAGAAAGGGCUGCUAGUGUGUUCCAGUCGUUUAUUCCCCCUUCGAUUUUGUCCAAGACGUCUGAGACAAUUCUUGGAACAUCGGCAGCGUCUGAGAGUACGCCCUCGCAUUUUGACAGCGGUUUGAAGCCAGAAUUGUCGCGCCAAUCUAGUAAAGUCGUCACAACCGAGUUACUUGAAAACAAGGAUAAAGGUGGCAGUUCUGUGGAAGCUGGUGUUCGUGCGACGGAGGUUGGGUCGUUGGAUGCUUGGCCUCACGUGGUCGAAACACAAUCUUCGACUCUGCCGGACUCGUCAACAGAAGCUGGCAUUUCUGGAAAGGAAGCGUUGAUUUCCAGCGUGAGGGAAAAUAGACCAGGUAGUGACGACGAAGUUGAACACUCUGUAACAGAUGGCAUUGUCCAUAAGGAGGAAUCAUCGAAUACUGAGGCCGAGGAAAAGUCGUCUGAACAACGGACAGAAGUAUCGGAGAUUGUAGUGGAAAAAGCCGAGGAUCUUGGCAAUGGUGUUAGUGAGGUACACGUAUUUGACAAUGAUGUGCAAGUACCGUCAAAGGAUCAGUCAAGUUCUGCUUUGGUUGCUCCUCCCUCCUCUGAAACUGUUGAAACGAGCAGCGGAACGCAUGCAGCAGAAAUGGAUUCGUUACGAUCUAAGGAUAUCGUCGAGAAUCCUAGUCCCAUUGUCGAUACAUCUAUGCAGGGAGAUGAUAAGGCGCAAAAGGAGUUGAAAAUGAUGGAAGCUGCUCUUUUAGGUGCAGCGAGACAAGCUCAGUCAAAAGCGGACGAGAUUUCAAGGCUUAUGGUAGAGAAUGAAGAACUGAAAUCUUCGCUUGAGGAGCUCAAGAAGAAGUCAAAUGAAGCAGAUUUAGAUGUAUUGCGAGAAGAGUAUCAACAGCGAAUAAGUUCUGCAGAACGCAAGGUGUAUGCACUGACAAAGGAAAGAGAUAUGCUGCGGAGGGAGCAGAACCGGAAAAGCGAUUCCUCAAUGUUGUUAAAAGAAAAAGACGAAAUUAUUAAGGCAGUCAUGGCUGAAGGUGAAGAGUUGUCCAAAAAGCAGGCAGCAAUAGAAGGGACAGUAAAGAAGCUCCGUGCUCAGGUUCGGGAGCUGGAGGAGGAGAAGAAUCGGUUAUCCUCUAAACUUCAGGUAGAGGAGGCGAAGGUGGAGAGCAUGAGGAAGGACAAGGCAGCCACUGAGAAAGCCCUGCAAGAUGCUGUGGAAAAGGGCCAGACUGAGCUGGCUGCCCAGAAGGAGUUUUAUACCACUGCUCUUAAUGAAGCUAGGGAAGCUGCAGCAUUAGCCGAGGCUCGAGUUGAUUAUGAAGCCCGAGCAGAUCUAGAUAGGCGGUUGAAAGAAGCUAGUGAGCGAGAAGCAACCCUUGUGCAGAACAUUGAUGAGCUUCGUCAGGCUCUAACACGCACUGAGCAACAGGCUGCAUUCCGAGAGGACACAUUUCGAAAUGAUAUUGAGGAUCUUGAGAAGCGUUGUCAGGCUGCUGAGGCACGAUAUGAAGAUCUCAGUUCGCGCAUGCCAGAAUCCACCCGACCUCUUCUCAGACAUAUUGAAGCACUGCAGGAAUCAAUGACAAUGCGCACAGAGACAUGGAAUGGUGUGGAACGGUCAUUGAAUUCCCGCCUUCAGCAAGCAGAAGCCAAAGCUGCAGCAGCCCAGGAGAAGGAGAGAGUGACUAAUGAGCGUCUCAAUCAAACCUUAUCACGAAUGGCUGUAAUGGAAGCUCAGGUAAGCUGUGUGAGAGCAGAACAAGCGCAGCUUCAACGCACUUUGGAGAAAGAGAGGCAACGGGCAUCUGAAAAUCGUCAAGAAUAUCUGGCUGCCACAGAGGCUGCUGCCACUCAUGAAGGCCGUGCUCGUCAGCUUGAGGAAGAACUCAAAGCAAUUCGCAAGCAAUAUAAGACUGAGCUCAAUGAAGAGAAAGCUCGUAGGGAGGCUCUUGAACAGGAAAUAGAGCAAGAGCGAGCAGCACUGGCAGAAUACGAGAAACGCAUUAGAGCGGAGGGUCGAGCAGCUGCAGAGAAAGCUGUUGCAGCCGCUCAACCCAACGAUCCUGGAAAGGGUUUAAAACGGUGGCCCAGCAUGAGUAGUCAGGGAAGCAUGGAGGAGAGUCUUCUAUUACAGACCUCAUUCGACACACCUCAAGACAAGUAUAUUGGGCAUAGUGAUAGACAUAGUGGCAGAUUCAGUUUUAGUGAUCGUCCUCCCUCCCCAGCAAUUCAAUUUGGGAAGUUCACGUACGAACAGCUUGAAAGUCAUCUACGUCAGAAAGAAGGAGAAGUGGCCUCUUAUGCUUCUCGAUUGGCUGCUCUGGAGUUGACUCGGGACUCGUUAGCUGAAGAGUUAGUUCAUGCGACUACUCAGUGUGAGCAAUUGAGAGCUGAGGCCAGUUUGUUGCCUGGUAUGCGGGCUGAGCUAGAGUCUUUGCGCCGCAGGCACACAUCAGCCUUGGAGCUCAUGGGAGAGCGUGAUGAAGAGGUGGAGGAGCUCAGAGCUGAUUUGGUAGAUGUUAAACACAUGUAUCGAGAACAGAUUGAUAUGUUGGUGGGACAGAUUGAAAGGCUCAGUGCAGCUAUGGGGCGUAAGUAACUUCAUUUAUCCCAUAUAUAUAUAUAUAUAUGCCUGCAGAUUCUGACCUAUGUUGCUGCAUUAACGUUGAUAGUAUCUCUAAGCGAUUGCCAGUACAUCCGUACUUCAAUCCAAAUCUCACGUCAUUAAACUUGUACUCAAGGCUGUGAUCUGCCUUAGCUCAAGUGGCAAUACUGUUUUAAGAUACAGGAAUUGGUCCCUAUGCACAGGAAUUGGUCCCAUAUUAUGACCGGCAGUAGGUUGGCGUAGCCUAAAUUCCACCUCAGCAAUUGUUUACAAUGUAGUGCCCUGGUUAAAGCUGUAGUGCUUUUAGCUGUAAGGUAAUUUAAACUCUGAUUCUUUUAGAAUUGCGCUAUCGCCAUUCGUGAUGCAUAACUUGUAUUUCGUGUUAAAGCAAAUGAUCCUUGCGUUGGUGUCUA